AUGAAAUUCUCACUUAUCGCUGUUGCACUAACUGCAUCAAUUGGAUCAGUAUUAGCGUCACCACCAACAGCAGAUCAAUUAAAAAUAGAUAUCACAAAAGAAGUAAAGUGUUCACGUAAAACCCAACCAGGAGAUAAAGUCUCAGUUCACUACAAGGGAACAUUAGAAGAUGGUACAAAAUUCGAUUCAUCUUAUGAUAGAGGAUCACCAUUAGGGUUUUCAUUGGGAUCAGGUCAAGUUAUAAAAUGUUGGGAUGAAGGAUUAUUAGAUAUGUGUAUUGGUGAAAAAAGAACAUUAUGGUGUGAUUCUUCAAUAUGUUAUGGUGAAAGAGGUAUUGGUCCAAUUCCUGGUGGGGCUAAUUUAAUUUUUGAAACUGAGUUAGUUGGAAUUGCUGGUGUUAAAGAAGAAAGUGAAGAAGUUGAAGAUUUAGAAAAUGAUGAAGAAAUUAGUAAAGAUGAAUUAUAG